AUGGGCGGUUCUCCUCCUUCCGGCAAUUCUGUUCGCUUCGUCAAGGAUUACCGUCGACAGGUCGCGACCUCGCAGAGGUGGCCGACUAGGCCAUAUUGGGAACAAUCCGCCUUCCGCACGAAGGCCCCUUACCACGCUAUACUUGGAACCCCCUGGAUACACUCAAUGCAAGCUAUUCCAUCUGCUUAUCAUCAGUGUGUCAAGUUCCGCGGUACAGACGGAAAAAUCAAAACAUUGCGAGAAGAUAAAAAAGCCGCUAGGGAGCUCCUAGUCGCCACAGUCAAACUCCAACGAUCGUCUCUAUCCGUUAAUUCUGUUUCUCCUCCAAUCUCUAAAGUUUUCUCCCAGGAAAGCAAAGUUCUCGAGUUACCUAUUGAAGAUACCGAUCCAAGCCGGACCGCAAGGAUUGGUGCAUAUCUGUCUGAGGAUAUGCAGCAGUCAGUUCUCAAUUUCCUCAAGAUGAAUGUGUCCACAUUCGCGUGGUCCAUGGCGGACAUGAAAGGAAUUGAUCCGGCUAUAACGACUCACGAACUAAAUGUCGACCCGACAUUCAAGCCUGUCCGACAUAAGCGACGCAAACAUGGUCUCGACAGGUCAAAGGCUGUAAACGAAGAGGUCGACCGGUUAAUCGGCGCUGGCUCAAUUGUUGAGGUGCGCUACCCCGAGUGGUUAGAAAAUCCAGUAGUCGUUAAGAAGAAGAACGGGAAGUGGCGCGUCUGCGUCGACUUCACUGACUUCAAUAAAGCCUGCCCAAAGGACAGUUAUCCUCUCCCUAGCAUCGACCGUUUAGUCGAGUCCACAGCUGGAAACGAGAUGCUCACCUUCAUGGAUGUUUCUCCGGGUACAACCAAAUCAUGA